GAUGGUUCAAAUCAUACAGCAAGAGGUUUAAAUGUCCAAGGGUCCAGUAGUUCAUCACCUUGGUUGACCAAUGAUGCAUCUAAACACAGACUUGAUAUAACUCCAUUCUAUUUUAUAUUUACAGGAUUAGAUGGUUCAAAUUAUACAGCAAGAGGUUUAAAUGUCCAAGGGUCCAGUAGUUCAUCACCUUGGUUGACAAGUGAUGCUUCCAAACACAGACUUGAUAUAACUCCACUUUAUUUUAUAUUUACAGGGUUAGAUGGUUCAAAUUAUACAACAAGAGGUUUAAAUGUCCAAGGGUCCAGUAGUUCAUCACCUUGGUUGACCAGUGAUGCAUCUAAACACAGCCUUGAUAUAACUCCAUUCUAUUUUAUAUUUACAGGGUUAGAUGGUUCAAAUUAUACAACAAGAGGUUUAAAUGUCCAAGGGUCCAGUAGUUCAUCACCUUGGUUGACCAGUGAUGCAUCUAAACACAGCCUUGAUAUAACUCCAUUCUAUUUUAUAUUUACAGGGUUAGAUGGUUCAAAUUAUACAACAAUUGCUUUAAAUGUCCAAGGGUCCAGUAGUUCAUCACCUUCGUUGACCAGUGAUGCAUCUAAACACAGCCUUGAUAUAACUCCAUUCUAUUUUAUAUUUAUAGGGUUAGAUGGUUCAAAUUAUACAACAAGAGGUUUAAAUGUCCAAGGGUCCAGUAGUUCAUCACCUUGGUUGACAAGUGAUGCAUCCAAACACAGACUUGAUAUAACAUCAUUGAUUCCUGAUAACAUAAUGCCAGUGAACAGCUUGGACAUAGUUAACAACACACUGCUAUGUGGCACUGAUAAUGAGACAAUAUACACCAUCAAUGACCUCAACAUUAAAUAAUUCUGGGACUUGAAUGUCAUGACUUAAAUAUUUAAGGCUGACACUAUAUGAAGAACUGGCAUGGAGCUCUAAUGAGCUCCUACCCCCUUUCUUUUCCACACUUUACCUUCACAAGCAUGGAAAAUGGAAGCAGGUUACUUAUGGAUUUCAUAUCUAUUUGUCAAAUAUGAAUUUAUGACAAGGUCCCAUGUUAUUAUUAUUUUCAUGUCACAACCAACAUUGGUGACAUAUUGUUAUGGUCUCCAACUUUUUUGUGACGGCAGAUGGUGCUCGAUGUUUGGAGUUUGGUGUCUGUAACAAAUGGCAGGUUGUGACAUUUUGUAUGUUAAUGCUUUGUUUGAUACAUGCUGAGAAAAUGGCUGACCCAAAGAACAGGUCCAUUUAACAGACUAUUGAUCCACUUAGACUUUUUCCAAAAAACUCAUUCUUCCAUUUACUUUUAAAACCGAUUGCAAGUUGUAGGUAAACCUUUUUUCUUGAGAUGUGCAAUUUCAAAAAGUGGCAUUAGUUUUCAGUUUCUUUGAAAAAUUGGCAGUAAGAACCCCUAUCACAAG